UUUCCACGCGAAGUGAGAGUCACGCUUGGAAGGGGAAAAUACCGAACACGGCUGCGAAGUAUAAAGGAGUGCGAAACCAGCAGACACCAUUCACUCCUCACAAAGGAAGAAGAAGUAUCACAUCUCAUCCGACUCCGUUAUAAACAUGAAGGGACUUUUGCUUGUCUGCUCUCUGGCAGCUGUUGCCUUUGCACAAGAUAGGAAUGGAGGAAAUAAGCGAUUCUUUGGAGGAUUAAACCAAGGUUUCGGUGGAGGUUUCGGUGGUGUUGAUCCAGGAUUUGGAGGUGGAAUUAACCCAGGCUUUGGAGGAGGAUUCGGAGGAGUUUCCAACACCUGCAGACGUUGGUGCCGAACUCCCGAGGGACAGGCAUACUGCUGCGAGACCAACGAUGAGCCUGACACCAUUCCCUUCGUGAAACCAGGUGUAUGCCCUCCUGUUCGCCCUCAGUGCCCACCCGUCAGGACCUUUGCCCCUCCACAGACAUGCUCCAACGACAGCAAGUGCGGAGGCGUCGACAAGUGCUGCUACGACAGGUGUCUUGAGGAACACGUGUGCAAACCCCCUGUUGGGUCUUCUGGCUUCGGUGGAUUCGGUUUUGGAAGAUAAUUUCUAAGAAUCCCUUGAAUGCUUACUAUUACAAAUUAUGUUAUAAGUGUUUAUUUUGGAUUUAUUCCAAAGACAUCGGGCUUUAAUAAAUAUUUAUUUUAUAA